AUCGUCUAUCUAUUCUCUCUGUUCUGCUUAAUAUUGUUUUUUUUAUUUUGAUUCCCUGGCGCUCAAACCCCAAAAAUGCACGGUCAAUGUACCCAAAUCGGACAGUGGAGUGGGUUGCGCUACGGACCUUCAAGGGUAACCUUUAGUUGCAUUAAUAAUAGCUGUUCGAAUGUAUAUUUAGACAGCUUAGUCAGUGGAUAUGUACUAUAAAUAGGGGGACCAGUGUGGGAAUGGAAAUCAGCGUUAAUCAGUCAUCUGUUGAGGUGUGGGCGAACCACCGUCCCACCGCUCCCCAAACAUGGCUGCGUCAUCCGUCCCUUCCACGGCCCCGGUCCCGUCCCCUCCCAAACGCUUUCUGGUUCUCUUCGACUUCGACGAGACUAUCGUCAACGAGAGCAGCGACGAUGCAGUGGUGCGCGCCGCCCCGGGCCAGCAGCUCCCCGAUUGGCUGAGACACUCGUACCGCGAGGGCUACUACAACGAGCAAAUGCAGCGCAUCCUGGCCUACAUGGCUGAGCAGGGCGUCACUGAGGACUCCAUUCGCUCCAAGGUCGAGCAAAUUCCCCCCACGCCCGGCCUUCUCACUCUCUUCCAGUACCUCCAGUCCCACAAGCAGGACUUUGAGUCGGUGGUGGUCUCCGACGCUAACAUGUACUUCAUUGAGGCGUGGCUGGAGAGGGCCGGGGCUCGCCACCUCUUCCACAGGAUCUUCACCAACCCGGCCAGCUUUGAUGCUCAGGGGCGCCUGGUUCUCCUGCCCUUCCACACCCACGGCUGCCAGCGCUGCCCUGAUAACAUGUGCAAGCAGGUGAUCGUACGGGAGUACCUGGCACGGCGCCAGCAGGAGCGUGGCGGCUGCCCCUUCCAGAGGGUGUUCUACGUGGGCGACGGGGCCAACGACAUUUGCCCCAUGCUGGCCCUGGGGCCCCGCGACACGGCCUUCCCCAGGAGGCACUUUCCCAUGCACCGGCUGCUGCAGGAGAUGCAGGACGCUGGGACGGAGGGCCUUAAGGUCAGUGUGGUGCCCUGGGCCAGCGGGCAGGACGUGGUGGACUGCCUGAAGAGGCUGGAGGAGGAGAGAUGAGAUGGAGAGAGGACACUGCAGCUAGCCAGGUCCCAGAUUGUGUGCUGUCAGUACAAACAGAUCUGGGACCAGGUAUAGCACACAGCAGCAGGGUAGGAAUGAACUAAUUAGGGCACCCCCAAAAGUUACAGAUAAAUUGUUAACAGUAUUAAAGUGUAGGAGGAAAAUGACAUUACGCAUGUCCAGUGUUUUUAAGCAGGUGCUAGAGAUCCAAGAAUAUGUUUGUAAAAGAGUAAAGAAGACUCGACUUAUUGAAAAAUUAUGCUCCCAUGUGCUUCAUUGACAACGUUUUGACCUGAGGUAGACCUAAGGGUCGAAACAUUGUCAAUAAAGCACACGGAAGCGUUGAUGAUAAAGAAGGAUAGAAUAAUUCAGUGUGAUUGCGGUGUGCAGAGUCUUCUCUUUUGGUUAACAGUACUACUGUAAAGUAUCAUCUCUGUAAGCGUUAAGAAUAUUAAUGUUGGUCCAGUCCACUACUUUGUAGGGCACCUCCAGGAGUCAAAUGUGUCAUUUGCACCCUGGGAUACAAGGGUUCUAAUCUUCACACUUGGUGCUUGACGGCUGCAGUAUGUGUGGGCUUUUGUUCUACCCCAGUUCUAAAACAUCCUGCAGGUAUAGUGCUUUAUAAGUUGUUAUAAGCAUGUAUGAGCCUUUAUAAUGUCUUAUAGUAAGGCUUAAUCAAUCUUGAUGAGUAGAUUAUUCUUGAAAUAAGAUGUGUUGUUGGCUUGGGUAAAAAGCCUGUCUGCACACUCUAGCUUUUCAAGAUCAGGGUUGGUAACUAUUGGGUUGAAGACAGUGGCCGUGUCCGAAUGCCCAUACUAGCGUACUAAAUAGUAUGCAAAAAAUAAAGUGUUAUUGUAUGUGAAAUUUCGGACAUAGUACUCUGAAUGCAUCAUCUAAUGCGCGAUUGCGUUGACUCCGGCCAUUCGUUCAUUUUGGUCCAGCGCAUCAAUUUAUCUGAUUAUCAGCUGUUGUCAAACACGUGAGACGAAAAAAGACGGUGAAUUCUACUAGAUCAAACGCCAAAAUGAGUAUGCAGUUUAAGUAUGUAGUACGCAAGUAUGGGUAUUUAGACACAGCCAGUGUUCUUUACAUGGUCCUGGAGUGUGUGUGUUUUUUGUCCCCGGCCCAGCCUUAACACACCUCAUUCAGCUAAUAAAGGAAGUGAUGACUAGUUGACAACAAGUUGACUAGUAGAAUCAUGUGUUCUAGCACUGUCUGGUACCAAAGCCCACACACACCGUGGCUCUCCAGAACAAGGCUUGGGAUAGAAUGACACAGAGAUAGACACACCACUGACGCUCUGGCACAUACUCACUGACACCUAAUAUACAGGCUGAUUAUACUAGGGCAAUGUACACCGACUUGAGAUGCAAAGUGAAGCCUGUACACCUGCACUGCACCUCUUUGCACAGUACACCCUCACAUUGUGAGAAACCUAUGAAACACUUGAGACAGGAGACAUUGGAAUCUGUGUGUGGUCCCAUGUCUAUCAUUCUAUUGACCUUGGAGUGUCUCAAUCCCCCCACCGCUCUAACUUUCAUGGUCUCCUCAGACAUUUGAACCGAAUGGCCUUUCUUGAACACCCCCAUCUCCAGUGUUAACGCUUUCAUUGAGCUCUGAGACUUGACAGGGGAGACUAUUAACUAAUUGAGUCAACAACCCUCUAUAGCUGGGCUGCUAUCCACCCAAAAAAAUGCAGAAACUAAUGUCCUCCAGAAAUGGUUAUUGGAGACUUGCAAAGAUCAGGUUUCCAAUUACAGGGAAUGCCUGGAGAUGGUGGUGGGUUCUAUCAUAAGAAACCAAGGCAUUCCCAUAAGCAUUAAAAUAUUAACAUCUCCUCCAGUGUUAGAAAUACUACCUUGGUCCAGCACACUAUUUCAGUGCAACCUGACAUACUGAGUCUAUCUGUAUGUCUAUGUAAUUUGAACCCUAUACAAGACAAGUGUGUGCUCAAAGUCAUACAUCACUGUAAACAAAAGGCCAUGGGUUUUAGUGUUAGUAACCUUGACCCUGAUGUAACAAACAAACAAAAAUCCAAAAGGCUUCCUUGAAAAUGAACAAACCUGCAUGUUGAUGUGUUAAUGUCAUCAAAGAAAGUACCUUUGAUGAGAUAACAAAUGAUGAAUCAGUGUUACAGCACUUGGUGGUUAAAUUUGACUCCGUUGUAACAAUGUAAUCUCUCAUCCAACCGUUCAAAUACUGGUGCUGCGCUUGAUUUGGUUUGUCCGGUACAAUGGAACAAAUGGAAUAGUCCCAAAAGUGUGAACUUCAAAUCAAGGUGAAUAAAGCGCACCUCAAAUACUUUAAAGUAUUGGUCAUCCUCGAAUAUUUUAAGGUUUUUGAGCUACUGUAUGUAAUUGAUCCAGCUCUGGUUGCCUAAAGCCUCCAUGUUCGGGAUGGUAGCAAAAUAAGUUGGCCAGUAGAAACAGAUGUGGCAACCAGGAUAACUCAUAGGCCUCAGUGAUAUUGGAUGUCCACACUCAAUAGAUCCUGUCUAUAGCUUGGUCUCUCAGGGAACGAUGAACGAUGUAUAGAGCAUUCUGUAAUACAGUAGGAAUAGCUGCUGAUAGAAAUAGUGUUUAUUUGCAUAUAUCAUUUGCAUAUCAGCUACAUUGCUGUGAGCCAUGAUCAGCACAUGAUCAGUAAAUCACAUUGGAGAUCAUUGAUUUGCUCUGUCAGAACAUUUUGAAAUAUUGGAGUAUGAUACUAAAACAGAUUCAAGUAUUUUAGUGAUUUGGUGAUAACCAUAGUGGGACUUCACUGUAGCUAUCAGUUGAAUAUGUGAUACACUAUGAUUAGGAUGGUGGUGGUGUUAUAAAGCUGGGAUCACUAGAUAAUACUUAAUUGACCUGUAACUUGACCUGUAACUGCAAUCCAGACAUUAAGCUUUGCAUAGAAGAAUAUCCUUGUUUGAGUUUUGUGCAAUAACUGGUUUCAUGUUCACAGUAUAGGGUUAAGUGAAGAGAAUGAGAGGAAGUGUAAUACUGUGAAACUCUUAUCCCCAAUGUGUACCGCACCUACUGACUGUUUUCACUACAUAAUCUCACCUCAACUUUCACUGAAAUGUGUUGCAAAUGUUGGUACAGUGUUGUAGCCCCACAAAAACCAAAAUGGCCAGUGUUUUAGGUGCUCCUCUAUCCUAAUAUAUUAAUUUCUCUUGAAAAUGAUGUCUGUGUGUUUUUGUGCGUUCUGUUUUGACGGCUGUUGAAAUGUCCUUCUUGUUUUGACCGGCAUUACUCCUCCUGCAAUACUGAACUGACUGAUCCUCACUGUUCUACUUUAAGAGACUUUAUGCUGUGUACUUCAUGUUUUAGCCUGUUUGUCUUUAAUCUAAAAAUGAAAGAGAUCAUGUGUGUAAUGUACCAUUGUAAUACUAACAGGAAUAUAAAGCCAUCAACUAACUGA